AUGGCAGCGGCGGCGGCGGCGGCGGGGCCGGGCGCGAGCGGCGCGGGGGCGGCGGGCCCGGGCGGCGCGGGGCCCUGCGCGGCCGUGUCCGUGUUCCCCGGCGCCCGCCUGCUCACCAUCGGCGACGCGAACGGCGAGAUCCAGCGGCACGCGGAGCAGCAGGCGCUGCGCCUCGAGGUGCGCGCCGGCCCGGACGCGGCGGGCAUCGCCCUCUACAGCCAUGAAGACGUGUGUGUGUUCAAGUGCUCGGUGUCGCGGGACACGGAGUGCAGCCGCGUGGGCAAGCAGUCCUUCAUCAUCACCCUGGGCUGCAACAGUGUCCUCAUCCAGUUCGCCACGCCCAGCGAUUUCUGCUCCUUCUACAACAUCCUGAAGACCUGCCGGGGCCACACCCUGGAGCGGUCCGUGUUCAGCGAGCGGACGGAGGAGUCCUCGGCCGUUCAGUAUUUCCAGUUUUACGGCUACCUGUCCCAGCAGCAGAACAUGAUGCAGGACUACGUGCGGACAGGCACCUACCAGCGCGCCAUCCUGCAGAACCACGCCGACUUCAAGGACAAGAUUGUACUGGACGUCGGCUGUGGCUCCGGGAUCCUGUCGUUCUUUGCCGCCCAAGCUGGAGCCAGGAAGAUCUAUGCGGUGGAGGCCAGCACCAUGGCCCAGCACGCUGAGGUGUUGGUGAAGAGCAACAACCUGACCGACCGCAUCGUGGUCAUCCCCGGCAAGGUGGAGGAGGUCUCGCUCCCCGAGCAGGUGGACAUCAUCGUGUCGGAGCCCAUGGGCUACAUGCUCUUCAACGAGCGCAUGCUGGAGAGCUACCUGCACGCCAAGAAGUACCUGCGGCCGGGCGGCAACAUGUUCCCCACCAUCGGCGACGUGCACCUGGCGCCCUUCACAGACGAGCAGCUCUACAUGGAGCAGUUCACCAAGGCCAACUUCUGGUACCAGCCAUCCUUCCACGGCGUGGACCUGUCGGCCCUCCGAGGAGCCGCAGUAGACGAGUACUUCCGGCAGCCCGUGGUGGACACGUUUGACAUCCGAAUCCUGAUGGCCAAGUCUGUCAAGUACACCGUGAACUUCUUAGAAGCCAAAGAGGGAGAUCUGCACAGGAUAGAGAUCCCAUUCAAAUUCCACAUGCUGCACUCGGGGCUGGUCCACGGCCUGGCUUUCUGGUUUGACGUCGCUUUCAUCGGCUCCAUAAUGACCGUGUGGCUGUCCACGGCCCCGACAGAGCCGCUGACGCACUGGUACCAGGUGCGGUGCCUGUUCCAGUCGCCGCUGUUCGCCAAGGCCGGGGACACGCUCUCAGGGACCUGUCUGCUGAUCGCCAACAAGAGACAGAGCUACGACAUCAGUAUUGUGGCCCAGGUGGACCAGACGGGCUCCAAGUCCAGUAACCUCCUGGACCUGAAAAACCCCUUCUUCAGAUACACGGGCACGACGCCCUCGCCCCCGCCCGGCUCCCACUACACGUCGCCCUCCGAGAACAUGUGGAACACGGGCAGCACCUACAACCUCAGCAGCGGGAUGGCCGUGGCGGGCAUGCCGACCGCCUACGACCUGAGCAGUGUUAUCGCCGGCGGCUCCAGCGUGGGCCACAACAACCUGAUUCCUCUAGCCAACACGGGGAUUGUCAAUCACACCCACUCGCGGAUGGGCUCCAUAAUGAGCACAGGCAUUGUGCAAGGCUCCUCGGGCGCCCAGGGCGGCGGCGGCGGCUCGAGCGCCCACUAUGCGGUCAACAGCCAGUUCACCAUGGGCGGCCCCGCCAUCUCCAUGGCCUCGCCCCUGUCUCUCCCGACCAACACCAUGCACUACGGGAGCUAGGCGCCGCGGCCGCCCGCCACAGCACCAGGAAACCAAAUGACGCCCCUGCUGGAGCAGCCCGAACACCCCGUCACAGCCCUCUUUGCUAUGGGAACUUGGACACUUUUUUACACCGUGUUGCCGCCGCCCCCCCUGCCCACGAGCGCGCGCCGCUGCCAUGAUUGACACACAUCACGUCAGGGGCGCCUUCGACCCCUCCCCCAGCCCCCCGACCUGGCCUUGACAUCUGUCACGGCCCGCGGGGCCCACAGCUGCGCCCGGUCGGGGUGGGAGGCGGGGCCCCCCUUCAGCUCCCAGGCCUUGGUCACCACGGGCGUGACAUGCUGCUUUUUUUAAUUUUAUUUUUUUACGAAAAGAACCAGUGUCAAUCCACAGAUCCUCUGAGAAACCCGGCCGGCCGGGCCCAGCCAGCAGCCCCCGUCUCCCCCCUCGGACUCAGAGGCUCAGCGGCGGGGGGGAGGUGGCGGGGAGGGGGGGCGGCCCUGCAGGGUCCUCAGGGCCGGGUGGGGCCAGGCCCUGGGGCCCCCUCCCCACCCAAGGGUUCACCUCACACUUGAAUGUACAACCCACCCUGGCUGCCUGGAGGCCUCCGUCCACAGCCCCUGCCUCCUGCUGCUCCCCAUCCCGCCCCGCCCUGCGCUAGACCGGAGGGUAGGUCCCCAGGGCCCCCGGGACAGGCACGGACACCUGGCGCUGCACCCCGGGGCUGGGGGGGGGGGGGGCGUCCCGUCCUCGUCCUGUAGCUAACCCUAGGCCUGUGUUGCCGCUCCAGUCCCUAUA